UGUAACCUCAGCUCUUCAGCUUCCCUCGCUCAACUCGUAGACCCUGCUUGGCUAACGGCUAUCACCAAUGGCGUCCACGGAGAUAGCAAGACAAGCGGGUGAAGGUGCCCGUGCCGUACCUCUCGCCGGCCAUGUUGGCUUCGACAGCAUGCCUGACCAGCUGGUCAACAAAUCUGUCAAUCAUGGAUUUUGCUUCAACAUCCUCUGCGUUGGUGAGACGGGUCUUGGCAAGUCUACCUUGAUGGACACGCUGUUCAACACCAAGUUUGAGGGCGAGCCCACCCAGCACAACCAGCCUGGGGUGACGCUCAAGUCCAACACCUACGAACUGCAGGAGAGCAACGUGCGCCUCAAGCUCACUGUCGUCAACACAGUGGGCUUUGGAGACCAGAUUAAUAAAGAAGACAGCUACAAGUCCAUUGUGGAAUUCAUUGAUGCCCAGUUUGAAGCAUAUCUCCAAGAGGAGCUGAAGAUAAAGCGCACGCUUCACAGCUACCACGACACUCGCAUCCACGCUUGCCUUUACUUCAUUGCUCCCACGGGCCACUCGCUCAAAUCCCUUGACCUGGUCACUAUGAAGAAGCUUGACAGCAAGGUGAACAUUAUCCCAAUCGUUGCCAAGUCCGACGCCAUCUCCAAAAGUGAACUGGCCAAGUUCAAGAUCAAAAUUACCAGUGAGCUGGUCAGCAACGGCGUGCAGAUCUACCAGUUCCCCACUGACGACGAGUCAGUCGCCGAGAUCAACUCCACCAUGAACAGUCAUUUGCCCUUUGCCGUGGUGGGCAGCACGGAGGAGGUGAAGAUUGGCAACAAGAUGGUGAAGGCCCGCCAGUAUCCCUGGGGCACAGUGCAGGUGGAGAACGAGAAUCACUGUGACUUUGUCAAAUUGCGAGAAAUGCUGAUCCGAGUCAACAUGGAGGAUCUGCGGGAGCAGACUCAUACGCGUCAUUACGAGCUGUACCGCCGCUGCAAGUUGGAGGAGAUGGGCUUCAAGGACACGGACCCUGACAGCAAGCCCUUCAGCCUCCAGGAAACGUAUGAAGCAAAGAGGAACGAGUUCAUGGGCGAGCUGCAAAAGAAGGAAGAAGAAAUGCGGCAAAUGUUCGUUCAGCGGGUCAAAGAAAAAGAGGCGGAACUCAAAGAGGCAGAGAAAGAGCUGCACGAGAAAUUUGACCGCUUAAAAAAGCUGCACCAGGACGAGAAAAAGAAGCUGGAGGACAAGAAGAAGUCCCUGGACGAUGAGCUCAACACGUUCAAACAGAAAAAGACUGCCACUGAGCUCUUGCAGAAUCAAGCCCAGCAGGCCGGGGGCUCCACCACGCUCAAGCGGGACAAAGAGAAGAAGAAAGAAGGAUUCCUGUAGAAAAGUGCUUCCUUGUGGCCACGCUGCUGUGAAUGAUCAUCCCUUACAGUCAACCCCCCCCCCCCCCCCCCCAAACUGCCCUCACCCCUGGGCGUUGCCCACUUGGACUCGUUUUUAAAGGCACCACUCUAAUUAUGAGGUUUAUUUUUUUGUAUACAAGAUACAUUCCACUCAUUGUUAGGUUUUCUAUGUAGCGACUCUCUUGCAUGGUGUGUGGCGUGCGCUUUUUAUUUUCCAAAUUAACACACAUGACCUUGUUGUGAUGGGGAGAAAUGAAGCAAAGCUCAAGCGCAACACACCUCACACAUGACCUGAAAAGAACAAAUACAGUCAAAGCUUCAUAUUUAAAUACGUGAGGUCAGAAUUUAGUGACUUGUGGAUUAUUUUUUUAGUGAGUGGGUGGUAAGUCGACAACAUGGAAGUAUGCUAGUAGUUGAAAAGUACCGUUGCUAUUGAUUAAUGUAUACUGUACAAAUAAAUACUGUAAAAAGGCUUCACGUAAUUACAUAGUGUAGACUUUGCAAAUCGUUGCAAUGUUGCAAGAGAAAAGGUUUUAUAAGACAAGUCGCAUGAUAAGGAAAAAAAAUCAUAGUUCUCAGACAAAGUGGGAAUUUGACAAGAAACAAGUUGCAAUAUAACGAGAAAACAGGAAUAAAAUAAAUCAUGUAUGAGAAAAGUUGUAAUAUCAGAACAAAACUGUAAUGUUAAGGCAUAGAAAGUAUGACUUUUUUUCCUCCAAUUUUGACUUAAUUUUCUAAAAAUGACACUUUUUCCUCAUAAUUUCCAUUGCAUUGGUGGCUGCUCGAACAUUGAUAGAUAUGAUUAUUCAGAAGUCGAAACAAAGCACAACUAUUCUUGGAGAAAGUCAAAAAAAUAUUGUUCAACGCCAGCUCAGUGCGUGAAGACAACUUAGCAGGUGAGCUAUUAAAACUUCUGAACGUACUACUCAACUGAUGUUGUUUUGCCAUCAUCGUAAAUCCAGUGGCCCUAACUGACUGAAGUAAUCUCAGACGUGUUUCGCUUGGACUUCCCUUUUUGCCACUUCUCCCCAUACCUCAUUGACUGUCAUGGUUUGUAUUAGCUGUCACAUUUGCACUUUUUUUUUACACAAAUGUGAUGAAAUAUAUACAUUUAUGUAUGUUGUCAGUGCAAUUGGUAUUCUUUUUUGUUUGUUUCUGCGUGGUUUUAUAAUGGCACAUUUCAAAGUCAGUGGUCAUGUUUGGACUGGUUUUUAAAGUUAUUCAUCUAUAGGGGAAAUAAAGGCACCAACAUGUUAGAACAGAAUCUUGUUUAUGCUUAGUAAUUUAUAUGAUCAUUUACGGUCGGUCUCUCUCACAAGAGCAAUGACCUUGCCCUGCAAUGUUCCUCAGUUUACUGGUUUGUGUGUAUUUCCUUUGCAGUACUCCGUGGCUCUGCACUGAGUAGGUCCCAAGCUUAAAGGGACUGUCCUCAAGUGCCAUCAGUUUUUUGUGGGUCUCUCUCACUCUGUCUCUCUCGUCCUUCUUUCUCACUUUAUUUUUGUAAUACAUUGUACUGUUUUCCCCCACUGUUCUUUUAAUUCCCUAUUUGCCACCACUUGGACUUGCUCCCACUUAGAUGAGAUGGAGAUUUGCAUUCUUCACACUUGCCUUAUUUUUUAUAUAUAUACUUUAGGAGUAGCAAAACAUUUGCACAGAUUCACUCAAUGUUGUCAUUUUCUCCCACCUUUUGAAUUUGACUGCAUUCUAACCAAACUUUUUCCUCGAUACCAGAUGCAUUUCUACUGCACUUCUCUAACAUCUGCAUCUUUCUUUGUCUUUCUCGUUGUAGCUUCUUUUAAUGUGUCUUGACCAUCUGAAGAGGGCCACGACAGCUUCGGCAACAACUAAGCACUAUUUACCUCUUCUGUCCCCUCCUGCUAUAUUAACCUGUUUUUAAAAUAGAUAUUUUUCUUCUCUCCCAUUACAUCAUCUCCUUUUGUCAAAUGUGGACUUUUGUGGACUCGCAUGGUAUCUCUGACCCACUUUGUGACAAUGAACCAUGGGUGGGGAACCUACAGCAUUUGCUGAAGAACUAAAAUUCAAAAGAUCCCACUAUUUACACCCCCAAAAAAUGCUCAAAAUAAAUAUUCAAUAACUAAUGGAAAAAGUUCCCCACUUCUGAUCUUAAGCACAGGCUGAAUGUUUGACAGUUUAAAUAUAAUUGUCUUCUUGUUAAUUAAAAGCCUCUGCAAACUAUGGUAGGAUAAGGGCAUGUUAACUUAAACAUGACUUGAAAAGUAUAAUUUGUACCCUGUAAAAAGAAAUUAAAAACAAAACACCAAAUUUAAGUCAUUACUAUGCCAAAGCAAUAUAAAAAAUAUUGGCACUUCUUUUGAUGCUGCCCAUGUUUACAUGCCACUGUUGAAUACCAUGGAGGUCACAUGUAUAGGCCUUUUGUGCUUUAAUAUUCUCCAGCCUUCUGUAUUCUAUAUUUUGCAUGGAUUUAUAAAACAAUUUCUUUACUGUUGUCACCUGCUUGUUUUCAAUCCAAAAUAAUAAUUAUACUGUUUCCUCCAAAUAUGGUGCAAAUCAUGAGUGAAUAUGUUAAGUCCUAUCAUUUCAGUUCCUUUGUUGCUAAAUAAUGUAUGAUGGAGUUGAACCCAGAUGGGUGUAUUUAAAAAAAAGAAAAAAAAAAAAGAAUACUUGUGCAUUUAUAUAAUUUAUAAGGAUAUAUUUUGUGUAUUGAAGUGGAUUGAAGACUUGUUUAUGACCUAAGCUCUUGGUUGGUGCAAAGUACCGUAACAUUUUUGGUGUCCGAAGAAAUUUUUUUCUAAUAUCCAUCCAUCAUGUCAGAAACCCUCAACCACUCGAAUAAGUCAAUAUUUCGCCCAAGUUUGAUUACAUUGAUGUACAUUUUCAAUAAAAAAUAAAUAAACCAAGAA